CAACCAUCUUUCUUCAGCCCAAGCCAGUCUCCUCAACAUCUCCUACAUUCCUCUCUGCUCUUUUCAUCCUCUUGAUUCAAACUCUCCACAACCGACAAUCCGCCAAAUCACAUCAGAAAGCUCACCCAACAAACACUGCCAGGAUGUCGGAACGUGAAGCACAAGAGCUGGUCGCAAAGGCCGACAAGAAGGCCAUGUCGACCACAUGGUUCUUCAGCUCAACAUCCAAGCUCGAGGAAGCAGCUGAGCUCUACACCAAGGCAGGCAACAUCUACAAGAUGGCUAAGCGAUGGAAGGAGUCUGGCGACACUUUCUGUAAAGCGGCCGAUAUGCAACUAAAGAUGAAUGAGAAGGACGAGGCUGCAUCGACCUUUAUCAAUGCCUCCAAAUCGUACAAGAAGUCUAGUCCUCAAGAUGCUAUCUCGGCCCUGGAAAAGGCAAUUGGGAUCUUGACAGAGAGGGGGCGAUUCCAGUCGGCAGCUAAGCACCAGGAGGAUAUUGCUGGGAUCUAUGAGUCAGAGCUGAUCGAUCUGGAGCAAGCCAUGCGGGCGUAUGAGGUUGCGGCGGAUUGGUAUGCUGGUGAAUCGUCUACAGCUCUUUCACACAAGUGUAUGCUGAAGGUUGCUACGUUCGCGGCGCAGUUGGAGCAAUACGACAAGGCGAUCGAGAAGUUUGAGCUGGUGGCGAGUGCCAGUUUGGACAACCAAUUGAUGAAGUGGUCGCUAAAGGAGUACUUUCUUAAGGCAGGACUCUGUCAUAUUGCCACUGGGGACUCUGUAUCUGCACAUAAUGCUGUUGGACGUUAUUGCGACAUGGAUGUUACUUUUGCAUCGACGAGAGAGUGCCAGUUUCUGCAGAGUAUCCUGAUGGCUGUGGAUAACAACGAUGUAAAGCAGUUUACGGCGAGUGUUGUUGAUUUCGAUCAACUGACGAAGCUUGACAAUUGGAAGACGAAGAUCCUGCUGGAGAUCAAGAACAGCAUAGGAAAGGAGUCCAGCCUGAUUUAAUCGAAGAGCGGCAGGGAGACAGGGGGAAGAGACAUUAUGGAACGCAAGCUGCUUUUACCUGCGAUGACAAUUCAGUACUGGUGCUUGCGAUGCGUAUAAUUGCGCGGACGAAAAAGAAAUAUCUUACAGUUUGGCUGUAUGUAUACAUUCAAUAAAUGGUCUAUCCUUAGGGACAUGCUGUAGUGUGCCAAGGUGAGGGCAAAUCAAGGAGGGUACCUAUCGAUCUGCCCAAAGAUUGUUGCUGCAGGUUGGCGUUUGAACAGCCUGAGUGUAUGUGCAUGGACCCAGGAGCAGGUGCCUGAGCUAGGAUACCAUUGGAUUGCCCUAUACCACGCAUUCAGAAAGCCCUUUUGCCGAGUGAGGUUGAGGUUCAGUGGGAGGGGUUGUUUUUUUGCACGCGUUGAUUGGCCACGCGUGCACUUUGUGUUCAUGCG